AUGAUACCUAAACAGAUCACUUCACUACUUGAGUUCUCAUCUCAUACUCCAGUUUCAACUUCAGUUCUACCUAGUACAACAGACACAAAUGAAUCGACGUUUGAUAGAACAAUAGGACUUUUCAAAUUUAUACAGACAGCUUCUUAUGCUCAAAAUAUACUCAAACAAAAUUCAAAGAACUCUCAAUAUUCAAACAUAUUACAAGAGUAUACAGAACAUGAAAAUAAAGUUGAUGAAUAUGUCAAUCAUAACCAAGGUGAUCUUAAUAAUAUUCAAUGUGGAUUAAAUGAAGACCUAAAACAUCUUGUCAAUCAUUCACAACCAUGUCAACAAAUAGCUACGGAAAGUUAUGAUCAUGCGACUGACAACUCACAGAUUAUCAAUACCUUUGAAACCAUCAAACCCAUAACCACGCUCCAAGAUAACAGUGAGGCUAGUACAUGGAAUCCUUCUAAAUUAUACCAGUUAUGCAAUGAAAUAAAACAGUAUCAAGAAUAUUCUAAUACUGACAACAGAUUAUCAACCGAUUUAAUAUUACUUUUAGAUAUGUUGAAUGAUUCGGCCUCAACAAUUGUUGAAUCAGCAAAACUAAGCUCUAACAACAACAUUUAUAAUGACAACAGCAAUCAUUCUAAUUAUGACAGCUAUAAUGUGACAAAAAGUAAUAACGCGAACAUCGACUGUAUUGAUAGAAGUAAUUUACUGUAUAAAACAAAUACAGAACAAUCUGUAAAGCUGUCAACGAAUAAUAUCUACAAUGACAACAGUGAACUUUCAUUUAUGGAGUCACAAGAAAAACUCACAAGUGAUCAACUUAGAUCGAAUAAUACUAAUAAUAAUAGUAAUUAUCUGAGAUUUCAGCAUGGAAUUCAACAGCAGCAACCACAAUCUAAAUUAUACGAUACUUCUAAUAAAAAACCAGUACUGCACUGGGCUAAACUUGGUGUACCUCAGCCUGCCAGUCCAACUAGAUAUUCAGCUCCAGUACACAUAGAUGUUGGUGGUACAUUGUACACAUCUUCAUUAAAAGCUUUAACAAAGUACCCAAACUCAAUUUUAGGCAAAAUGUUCAACGGCACAAUACCAAUUGUAUUAGAUACUAUGAAACAACAUUAUUUUAUAGAUCGUGAUGGAACAUUAUUUAGACAUGUGCUCAAUUUUCUACGUACAAAUAAAGUUAAUUUAGAUCCUAAUUUUACAGAAUUGGAUCAAUUAGUUGAAGAAGCAACUUUUUACGGGUUAGAUGAAAUGGUUAAUCAGCUCAAACAAAUCAAAACUAAACUAAAGCGAAAAGAAAGACACUAUAGAAGGUAUUUUCAAGAAGAGGAAAACAAUGAAACAGAACUGCGGUUUCCUCCUAAAAAACAAAAAUUAGAAUAUAAUGAUUUAUGUGUUAAUUCAGCUGCUAAAACUAUUUCAGAAAUUCCCACUUUUCAAGAACGUAUAGCUACCAGUUCACCUGUACAUCAACAAGAGGAAUCACGGAACGACUUGCCUUUGAACAAUAUAACACAAAGUAAAUGUUUUUAUAUACUCAUGGAGAUUGAUAAAGUUUCACCACAUCAAGGAAGGAUGAUAUUUUCAGAAUGUAAUAAUCUUAGAUUGAUAGAAUGUUUCAGUGAUUUAAAUAACUACUUUGCGGAUUAUUUACCUAAUUCUUAUCAAAUAAAGAGAUGUGAAAAUUAUUCUGAAAUAGAAUGGUUUAUGAUGUCAACAUACAAUCAACUUAAAUUAUGGGAGUUAUUACUAAAUCAUAAUUGUGAAAUGAUUGUUCAGUAUCAACUAAAACAAACUGAUAGAAAUUGUAACAUAUGUAUUUUUAGAUCAAAAUAA